UUUUUUAAAAAAUAUGACUUAUCAUGCUUAAAUAAAAUAUUUUAAUAUAAAAUAAUUAAAAAUAAUUUUUAAUAUUAUUCAUACAUCAUUAUACUAGUUGUUUCAUAAAAGACAAAAAUAAUCAGUUCUUAACAAAAUUCCUAUCAAAUUUUACACAUUCCUCAACCCCCCAAAUCCCACGUACCCCCCUACCUAGCCCCACACCGUGUUUUUUUUUUCUCAUCCUCACCGAUACACUCACAUGCACCGAUACUCACACAGCUUUAAAUACAGCUUCACACCCUCUCAGAGAGAGCUGCGCAGAAUACAAUACAGACACACAGAAAUCGGAAAGGGGAGAUUGACAUACACGAGAGAAACAAUGAAAUAAGGGAGAUAGAGAAAAUAAUUGGGUUUGGGCAAAACGAAGUUGGGGUCGAAGUUGUCGAUUUGGGAUUCGUAUUGAAGUUCGAAUUGAGGUUUUUGGUUGUGGAUUCCGUCUUUUCAUUCAAGUAAUAUUGGAUUUCGAAAGCUCCAAAUUGAGUUUACAUGUUUACAAAUAGCCAAAGGCAAGAAGAGCGCACCGGCAAAUAUGGGACUCCGAGGGUGCAGUACCUUCAGGAAUUGGUGACUCAGUUUCAGAAUGCAUCUGCUGAAGAGACAAAAGAGAAGAUUGUUGCUAAUUUGGCAAACUUUGCAUAUGAUCCUUUCAAUUUUACCUUUUUGCGCCAGCUUAAUGUUAUAGAACUUUUUCUCGACUGUUUAACUGAGCCCAGUGAGAAGCUUGUGGAAUUUGGGAUUGGAGGAAUCUGUAAUGCUUGUGCUGAUCCAGCAAAUGCUGCUCUGGUCACUCAAAAUGAUGGUAUCGCUCUCGUCAUCCAGUGUUUGUCAAGUCCUGUUAGGAACACGGUAAAUUAUGCUCUAGGAGCUUUGUAUUAUCUAUGCGAUGCAUCAAACAAGGAAGAGAUCUUGAAGCCAGAAGUAAUUGAUGCAAUCAAGAGUUAUGCAGCUGCUGGCAAAGUUAGUACAAGCUUCAGUAAUUUGGCUCAGGCUUUCUUAGAUAAACAUAUUCCCCAGCUUAAUUAAAAUGGAGGAAACCAAAACUACUGUUGUAAAAUCAUACUUUAUUUUACUGUAUUUUUUUUUCCUACUUGUUCGAUAUGCUUUCCUUGUCGACGUUCUAUUGAAAACCUCUUAGACUAGGGGUAAGGUUGCAAACCCCACUUGUGGGUAUCACUGAGUAUGUUGUUGAAAGUCUAAUGUCAAUCACUUAUGAUAUGAUUCAUUAUAUGUUCAAAGUAAAAAGUUUGUA